GGGACGCGACUUGCACACAACGUCCUCCACCACCUCCAGUAUCUAUCAUGUCCGACGACGAGAUGACCAUCGAUGAGACCGCCAACGGCGGUGCGGUUAGGCGCAAGGGCAGAGGUUUCCAGAGCUCUGCAGGGGGAAACGAAAGUGGGAUUGCAUCCCAGCAGUCUUUUGACCGCGUUGAGUCUUCGCACGGAUCAGAAACAAGAGCAGCGCGCUCGGUAGAAGGAUGGAUUGUGCUCGUCACUGGCGUCCAUGAAGAGGCGACAGAGGAAGAUCUGACAGACAAGUUCGGCGAAUAUGGAGAAAUUAAAAAUCUGCACAUGAAUCUCGACCGCCGGACAGGAUACGUCAAGGGGUACGCGCUCGUAGAGUACGAAACUAUGGCUGAAGCGCAAGCCGCGAUUGAUGGAGCGUCCGGAACAGCGCUGCUCGAACAAACGCUGCAGUGCGAUUACGCUUUCGUUCGACCCCCUCCAGCAGGACCAAAGAAGGGCCGUCGAGAAGGUCGUGGCAGGUCUGCCAGUCCGCCGCGUAGGCGAGAUUGA